UUAAAUGGUAGCCUGUUUUCCAAGAUCGUUUGUCGACUGUUUUGGAGGAAAUGGAAUGAACAGUUCAUUGUUGUCUCGACACCGAAGACUCGAUUCUUGUGCACUGACUAAAUGCAUUGAUGUGAUAUCUAUAGAAAACCUAAAUUACUUGUGUAUGCCUGCAAUGGCACGUGUACCCUUCGCGUGACGUGUGUAAGCAAGUAUACUUUUACUCGUGUCUCCAUGGAAUAUAUUGAUGAACUUUUUUGAAUAACGUUUUCAACCAGACUGAAGGUUUUGAGGAAAAUGUCCGUCUCUCAUCCACUUUUGAAAAUACUAAAAGGCGCCUUGCUGGACCUACACAAUGAGCAGAGCAUCAUAAGGGAUUCCAAUAUCAAACUGGUAACAUUUUGUCGAGCACUGGAAGAUAUUUUUCGAUGUGGAUUAAUGAAUAACAGUGGAUGGUUCAGUCGCUGUGACUUCUGGACAUGGAUCAGCAAAGUAUCUCACUGUGCCAACCCAGUACUUGAGCAAGUGAUCAACUAUGCCCGAAACUGCCAGAAGGUGAAGACAGUGGAGGGGAAAGGACGCUUGUUCAUCAGAGCAGGUCUGGUCAAGAAGAAGCUGGAUUGUAUCGUACAUCACAUCUGUCACGACAGGCAGCUGUUACAGAUGUGGUAUGAUCCUCACAGAUCCAUCCUGGGAAAUGAGAUACUUGCAGAGAUUCUGAUGUCCCUUUUGAAAGAAGUGAAAGGCAUGACCUUCCGACUUCUGCUUAAGAAUGCCAGUUUUCUAGACAUCAGCUGGGAAAUGCCAGUAUACAGGGAGUAUGAGUUUGUACCAUGUGAUGUCCUCGGAAUCCAUUUCCAGGAGGUGAACAGCUACCUGGUUGUGGUGGAUGUGGAGGCAGAAGGAGUUGCUGGAGAGGAUGGCAAGGUGGCCCCAGGAGAUGUGAUGGAUGACAUGUUUGGAGAGAGUCUGCGUGGGGUCAAACGGGGCAAGGUACAAGACCUGUUUCACCAGUACAGGGGAUUACCAGUAUAUGCAGGCUUUGUAAAGAGUGUCGAUGCCCACGGUCAGAUAUUUCGUCCAAUUUCAAAGCUGCUCCGUCAGCUGGACAUGGACCCACAAGCUGUUCUCAAUGAAACACUGAGACGGCGACAACAGCAGCAGCAGCAGAACAGUGACAACAGUGACCACAGGAUGCCUGCCCAUGCUCUCCUCCCAGAGGAUGAGAAGGAUGAGUUACCAGUACAUGGCCCAGAUGGCAGGGCUGUGUACACCGUCACCUACCUGGGCGAGGUAUUCCUUGGAACUGAUGGCAGAGUCGACAGGAUAGAAGAUGCUGUUGUCAACAUCGUCAACUCUUCUCGGAAGAACCCAAAGGGAGUAACAGUGGAGACUUCUGAGACGGGCAUCAUCGUUACGAACACAGAGACUGGCAAGACACUGCUCAACCACUCGUACACUGAGGUGUCAGCAUGUGGCCGGAGGACGGACUAUUUACAGCACUUUGGUUACAUAGCUGGAGAGACCACGUGUAACUUGGCCAAGAGGUUUGUGUGCCACGUGUUCCACUCGCCGUCAGCAGAGGAGACCAAAGUCAUUCUAUGCAGUAUAGCUCAAGGCUUUGAAAGAACUCACUGGUUCUUGUGAUGGAAGGAAGUCAUCACAGAAUAUAAAACUGAGUAAUCAAAUGUGAGGAAC